AUGUCGUACCCAUUAGUCGUUGAAACAUAUGCAAUCAAUGGGAGAAAUUACAGAAGAACACCAUAUAGAGCGGCAGUAAAAAACGCACCUUUGGAGUUUCAAGACACCCCUGAUAUUUAUGAUUUCGAAGACGAACCAUCUGUGGGAUGUUUCGCACCAAAAAACUUCCCGAUUCCGGAAACGGCAAACAAGGAUAUAGAAACGAAGGCGAAACCAGAAGCUGCUGAAAAUUCAACACCAAUGGAUACUGAAGAUCCCCGCAUUAAAGUUAUAAACGGGAGAAAGUGGACGGCGAGUGUAACGAUUCCUCAAGCUUUCAUGGGCAAAUUUAUGGGGCAUAAUCGGCGAACGCUAAAAGCUCUUGAAGAUAGCACACAGUGUCGUUUGAAGACGCCGAGACGAGAUGAGAAUAAACCAAUUGAAAUUAGUUCGAUUGUCGGAAUCGAUGCGGUUCAACGAUGUUUGGAUAGAAUUGAUAUAUUCAUGAGCGACGCGAAGAAACAGGCACGUGCAACCCAUUUUUGCGCGCUUCCGUGUAACGACGCUGAAAUUAUCUCGUCAUUUGAAAUCUUUCGCGAAGCUGUUAUGUCUGGAGAGCAGUUUGAUAAUUCCUGCAAGAAACCAAAACUCUUCAUGCCACCAAGUCGACUUCAUUUGACAUUGUGUGUGUUGAGAAUUUUCGAUGACGAAGAUGAAGCAACGAUUAAAAACGCGUUGGAAGAAAUUGGAAAAGAUCUGAAAGAAAAAUUGAACGGAAAAUCAUUGAUUGCUGAUAUUGUUGGAAUUGACAUGAUGAAUGAUGAUCCGGCGAAUGUAAAUGUGAUCUUUGCAAAAGUGCAAGGCGAAGAGAUUCAAAACGCUGCAAAUUCAAUUCGCGAUAAAUUCGUUGAAUUGGGUUUUUCCGAUUAUGAUUAUGGAGGAGAAGACGCUGAUGUGAAACUUCACAUGACACUUAUGAAUGCCCGCUAUGUUUCACAAGAUGAGAAUUUGAAAGCUGGAUAUUCAUUCGAUGCAACUAACUUAUUAGAAGAAUUCAAAGAUUUUUAUUUUGGAACAAUUCCCAUCAAUGAAGUGUGCAUCUGUCCAUUGAAUACUACCGUUUCAGCAACGGCAAAAAUGGUGGAUGUCGAAAAGAUGUCUGAUGCGGAGCUUCGUGCUGAGCUUGUAUCCCGCGGAGUAAACGCUGGACCCGUUACGGGAACAACGCGUGCGCUUUUCGAAAAGAAAUUGAAAAAAUUGUUGGCUGGCGGACCCGUGAAAAAGGCGGCGACAUCUGUCAAGGCACCUCCAACACCGAAAAAGACUCCAGUAGCUCCGAAGAAAGCCGCCACACCGCCACGAAAAGUGGCCGCUGCAAGCCACAACACAACAAGAACAUCUCGUCGUAGUGUGGCGGCUUCAAAAUCGGAAGAAGAGGAAUCGGAUGAGUAUGAAAUCGAAGUCGACGAGGAAAUAAUUUCACCGAAGCCGAACAGAACUCUUCCACCGAAACGGCCCGUCUCGUCCACUCCAAACAAAUUGCUCGAAAAAGACACCAGCAGCAUUCUCAAUGAAUCUUCAUUUUCAUCGUCUAGAAUCACUUCAAGAUUGGGAACCCUCGAAGAUCCCGUGCACAUUCCUAAUCUUAUAACAUCAUUCGACUUUAGCUCAAAAUCGAUUGAUCGUCCUGGGGCGACUCCGCCUCGUGUCAAACCGACUCGUCCGUCGGUCAUUCCAAAAAGCACUCCGACGACGAGAACGUCGAUUACCAGCUCAUCAUAUAUUUCAUCGCCACGUGACACGGUUUCCAAAAAUUACACAUAUGGACAUACAUUUAAAUCUGGAGCACUCGGAGAUCUCGGCGCAACAACAGCCGAGGAAGAUGAGGAUAGCGACGAUGGAGUGGAAACGAGCCGCUAUGUAUACUCAUCAGAAACCAAAGGAACGCGAAACGAAAAAGGCGGAUUGAUAGGAAAAGCUUGGAACAAAGUUCUUGGAUAUGACUUCAAAACGGCAUCGGAACCGGGAAAAAGCUAUGAUUUCCGUACAGGAUCAACUCGAACUCGCGUCGUUCGCGACAAAAAAGGGAAAUUGGUUGUGAAACAAUCGAACGUGUUCAGCGACUCGCUGUACAUCGCAUUCUAUACACUUCUCAUUCUCGCUGUCGUCCUCUCAAUCGGUUAUUAUUUGACGACUUCGAAUAAGACUGAAGUUCUUGGCUCAAUCUCAUUGCUCACAAAGACCAUUCGUGAUACGAUAAACUUCUUCUAUCGCUAUGCGAUCGUUCCAGUUAUUUGCAUUCUUGGAAUUGGAAUGUUGGGUGCUGGUAUCUAUUUUGGUCAUAAGAAAUACAGAGACGCCAAGGAAAAAGAAGAAUCUGAACUCUAUGAUUUAAUUGAGCGGAUCAUUGAACUGAUUCGCGAGUCUACUGUCGACGGAGAGCCGUACGUUUCGCAGCCUCAUGUGCGCGAUGUCAUCUUCCCACCAGCAAAGAGACGUGGUGCUGAACUGACGCGUUGGGAACGCGCUGUGGCCUUCAUCGACGCCAACGAGUCACGCGUCACAACCGAGAUCCGCGUUCUGCCAUCUGGAAGCGAAUGCGCCGUCUGGAGAUGGAUUGGACACACUCAAACGAAGCGUAACUGGUAA